AUGUUGGUAGGUUCGUUUCUUGUCUGGCAAAGAGUCAUCGAGAGUUCCGGUCUGUCGACCCUGGAUAUCACUGUCGCCUACGCUCCAACAAAUGUGUCGAGCGACAUCGACGAAAACGUUUUGUACGAUUACUGGCGUCAGUUGUUCGUACUUUGUCGUGUCACGAAGUCGCAAUUGCCACAGACGGAACAAUGCGACCUGGGAGCCGAUUACACCAUAUGGCCUGAGGCAGACAGCCGUCUCCUCAUCGACAGCGUGAGAGACACAACGCCAGACAGGAAGGGAAUAACCAAUCCUGCCCUGGGUUACGGAGAAGGCGCUGACUUUCUGAGUGCAAAUGAAUCCGGCAAGGAAUGA